CGCAGACCAGAGCUGAACUUCAGCGGAGAUAGCAGGCACCUCUUCGACGCCUCAGGCUAACUCGCAUUCGGCUUUGGUUCGGGAUGGAAACACGCUCGACUGCGCGGAGCCGUCGGUGCUCCAACACCUACAACUUCAAGAGUGGUCUCACCUUGUGGCUGGUGGUCUGGCUGGUUCUGGUGAAGCCCAGUCCAGUUCAGAGCUGCCCGCGCCUCUGUGUGUGCUACCCGUCUCCCAUGACCGUCAGCUGCCAGUCGCAGAACUUCACGUCCGUGCCGGCUGGAGUCCCCUAUGACUCGCAGCGCGUCUUUCUGCAGAACAACCGUAUCACCGAGCUUCGCGUCGACUCCUUCGGCUUUGAGACGCAGGUGCUGUGGCUGUACUCUAACAACAUCACCUGGAUUGAGGCGGGAGCCUUCAGCGAGCUGAGGGAGCUGGAGGAGCUGGACCUGGGGGACAACCCCUACCUGCAGCGGCUGGAAGGAGGAGCGUUUCGGGGGCUGGAGAAACUGCAAAGCCUGCACAUGCACCGCUGCAAGCUGGCAGUCCUGCCCCACGACAUCUUCCACAAGCUCUACAGCCUGCAGUUCCUCUACCUGCAGGAGAACCAGCUGCACUUCCUGCAGGACGACCUCUUCUCCGACCUGGUCAACCUCAGCCAGUUGUUUCUCCAUGGCAACCGCAUCCGCACACUGUCUGAGAACGUGUUCCGGGGCCUGGUCAACCUGGACCGGCUGCUGCUCCACGACAACCGCAUCCGGCAGGUGAACCGCAAGGCCUUCCGCGACCUGGGCCGGCUCACCAUCCUCUACCUCUUCAACAACUCGCUGGAGGAGCUUCCGGGGCAGGUGAUGAGGGACACCAACUCCAUCCAGUUCCUGCGUCUCAACGGCAACCCGUGGUCCUGCGGCUGCGAGGCCCGCCCUCUCUGGGAGUGGUUCCGCAAGUCCCGUGUCUCCAGCUCAGAGAUCGUCUGCACCUCCCCCUCGCCCAAGCGCGGCCAGGACCUCCGCUUCAUGAGAGAGAUGGACUUCGCCCUCUGCCCCCUGCCCGACCCUGGCUCCCUGGCCGGCACCACCACCACCACCUUCAGCACCAAGACCCGCUGGUGGUUCUCCAAGCACAAGCCCGUCUCCAGCUCCAAGGGGAUCUUCAGCAAGAGCACCGAAACAAUCAAGGCCUUCCCCUUCUCCGCCGUCAAGCCCUACAACCCCUCCACCUCCUCCACCUCCUUCUCCGCCAAGUACGAAAUCGGGGAGGAGGAGGCCGCCCUGCCCAAGCUCGACCCAGAAGAGUACUGGACCAACUAUGGGAGCGAAGACGCCGCCUCCGUGCGCUGCUUCGAGCUGGAGUGCCCGCCCGAAUCCCCACCCCUCCCUCCGUCAUCCUCCUCCCCCCGCUCCUCCCCCUCCUCCCUCCUCCUGCUCCUCCCCCUGUCCCUUGUCCCCGCCUCCUUCCACCAGCUCUUUGGCUGA